AUGGAGGUGUUGGGCCGCGACGCGGGUGCGGGGCGCCUGCGUGCUGUGUUCCUGAUGGCCACCGCACUCAAGCUCCUCCUCAUCCCCUCCUACCGAAGCACAGACUUUGAGGUGCACCGCAAUUGGAUGGCCAUCACCCACACCCUGCCCCUCUCCAACUGGUACUACGAGUCGACAUCGGAGUGGACGCUGGACUACCCGCCACUGUUCGCCUGGUUCGAGUGGGCGCUGGCCCACGCGGCGGUGUGGUUCGACCCGGCCAUGGUCGAGCUCCAUCACCUCAACUACGCCUCCCCGCUCGCCGUCCUCUUCCAGCGCCUCACCGUCAUCGCCACCGACCUCGUCCUCUUCGCCGGCGCCCUCCGGUUGUGUCAGACGUUGUUUCCGCUGAGCGAGGCGAAGCGGUUGGUGUGCGUGGGGCUGGUGGUCCUCAACCCGGGCCUCCUCAUCGUCGAUCACGUGCACUUCCAGUACAACGGGCUGCUGAUGGGCCUCCUCCUCCUCUCCAUCGACGCCAUUCUCCACUCGCACGUGCUGGUGGGCGCGGCGCUGUUCACGGUGGUGGUGAACAUGAAGCACAUCUUCGUCUACAUGGCCCCCGUCUACUUCGUCUACAUCCUCAAGAACUACUGCUUCUGCGCCCCCUCUGCUGCCCCCUCCGUCGCCCCCUCCGUCGCCCCCUCUGCCGCCCCCUCCGCCCCCUCUGCCGCCCCCCUCUCGCCCGACCGCCGGCGUCGGCCGUCGCUGGCGGGGAGCGACACGGAGAGCGAUACGGAGGGAAGCUGCGCGGAGGAGGAGGGCGACGAGUGGUACGGCGCCGGCGAGAAGCCGCGAAGCUUCAGCCCGCUGCGCUUCAUUCGAGUUGGCCUUGUCGUCCUCGCGGUCGUCGCCGUCUCGCUCGGCCCCUUUGUCUACCUCUCCCAGAUCCGGCAGGUGCUGUCGCGUCUGUUCCCGUUCGGCCGGGGCCUCUGCAACGCCUACUGGGCGCCCAACUUCUGGACCCUCUACAACGUGGCCGACAAAAUUCUCGCACAACGCACCGUGGGGGUGGGGGUGAUGACGGGCGGCCUCGUGGGCGAGUUCGAGCACGCCGUGCUGCCGGUGGUCAAGCCCCUCCACACCUUCGUGCUCACCCUAGCCGCCUCGACCCCGCUGCUGUGGAAGCUGCUGGACGGCGGGCGUGGAGGGCGCGUGUUCAUCGCGGCGCUGGUGCAGUGCUCGCUCUGCUUCUUCAUGUUCUCGUGGCACGUACACGAGAAGGCCGUCCUCAUGCCCAUCCUGCUCCUCACGUUGUUGGCGGGAAUGGACCGGGACUACGCGCACGCCUUCUUCUUCGCGUCGACCGUGGCCCACUACUCGCUCUUCCCACUCCUCUUCACCCCUCGCGAGUACGCGACCAAGGUGCUGCUGGUGGGCACCUACACGCUCGUCGCCUGGGUCCUCCUCCCGCAGAUCCACGCUCCCCCUCGCGCACCCGAACGACGUCGUAGCGGCGGCGGCGGGACGGAGCCGGCGGCGGAGGAGAGGUUGGUGGGCGGCUGGUGGACGGGCGACGGGGCCUAUCUGGCGGGGCUCGCGGCGGUGGAGGCCUACGGCGGGUCGUGGGGCGGCCUCCACGCGUGGCUGUGGGGCGCCGGCGGGCGGCUGCCCUUCCUCCCGCUCCUCGUCACCUCCCUCUACUGCGCCCUCGGCCUCCUCCACGCCUUCGUCCGCCUCUACCGCGCCUUCCUCCUCAUCGUCGUCCCCUCCACCACCUCCUCCGCCCGCUCCUCUCCCGCUCCCCUCAAACGCUCCUAG